UUCAUCGAUUUCAUCGUUGAACCGACAAUGAUUGUUUGCGGAGAGCUGCUCACAAAGAUGGUGGAACCAUUGGUAUCACUGCCUGUCUCGGAUUCACUUAUGCCACCGAACAGCUCAAGCGAAGAUCCGCAGACGCCAAGUGUCGCCGUCUCCCCCACACCUGAUAUACGGAGUUCAGCUGGCAACAGUGGAACAAGCACAUCGAUCCGCACCUUGCCAUUGAAUUAUGCCGGCAAAUUGGAAAUACCCACACCGUGGACAGAAUUCAUGCGCGACAAUAAGGUGCGAUGGAAGGAGCGAGCAGCCAAAGAAGAGAAAGAACGGCAGAAGAAUGAGGAGAAAGAACGGCAGAAGUGUGACGAAGAUGCCGAAAAGACAUAA